CUGUUGUGGUUGGGGGAAGGAGCCGUGGCCCGACCUCUGGGCAGUCCCUCCUCUCGGCCUUUCCCCAUAUUACUUCCCUGGGGCUCCAGCCCCUGUCUUGCUCAGCUCCAGCUUCUCGGCCAUCUCUGAGGCCUCUGGACAGGGACUGCACCGCCCUCCUCUCUCAGCAAGGGGGCUCCAGACACUGCCCCAGCCAGGAAGUCUGGUGGCCUGGGCAUUCGGAAUAAUGCCUGAGGGGCCGUGAGGGAGGCGGUCCUAUAUGUGAGUUGGGGCAAUUCUUGGAGGCCACGGGUCUGUGCUGGGAUCCUGGGAAGUGGCAGGGGUGAGGUUAUCUAACAAGUGGCAUGUUUCGCUGGGCGGAGUGAGCCUCGAUCCGAGGUCCUGGUCCUGCCCAGCUUCGGCUGUCCCCAGUGCUGGGGUGAGGGCGAAGAGCUCUGACAAAACCAGGGCAGGUGUGCCCGCACGUCCCCUAACGGACUGCAGAAGAGCUCUCUGGAGAGAAAGUGUCAUCGUGGCCAAGAGCUCAGAUUGUGGAGUCAGAGAGACCGGGGUUGGAGUCUUGGCUCUGCCACUGCCUAUCUGUGUGGCCAAAAGGAAGGGCAGACCGUUGGUGAUGUCCAGGGCUUCAGGGAGAGAUGUCCCUGUGGCUGGAGGCCGCCGUGCCUGAUGUCUCUCCGGACUCUGCCACGGAGCUGUGGGAACCAGACGCACAGAAUGCGAGGGGCCCAGCGCUGAGAGGCAGCAACGGCAUCCUCAGGGAGGAAGCCAGGACGCCCCAAUCAGCUGGGGGCACUUUGGGGGUGGGGCUGGAGGCAGCAAAGCCCACAGCCCUGCUCCCUGGGAUGGAGGCCCCUCCAGAGUCAACAGAGCUCCGUCCACAGAAGCGGAAAAAGGGGCCAGCGCCCAAAAUGCUGGGGAAUGAGCUGUGCAGCGUGUGCGGGGACAAGGCCUCUGGCUUCCACUACAACGUGCUGAGCUGUGAGGGCUGCAAGGGGUUCUUCCGCCGCAGUGUCAUCAAAGGGGCGCGCUAUGUCUGCCACAGUGGGGGCCACUGCCCCAUGGACACCUACAUGCGCCGCAAGUGCCAGGAGUGUCGCCUUCGCAAAUGCCGCCAGGCUGGCAUGCGGGAGGAGUGCGUCCUGUCAGAAGAACAGAUCCGACUGAAGAGACUGAAGCGGCAGGAGGAGGAACAGGCUCAGACCACCUCCGUGCCUGCAGGGGCAUCCUCACCCCCCCAAGUCCUGCCGCAGCUCAGCCCGGAGCAACUGGGCAUGAUCGAGAAGCUGGUGGCUGCCCAGCAACAGUGUCACAGGCGCUCCUUUUCUGACCGGCUUCGCGUCACGCCUUGGCCUAUGGCGCCAGACCCCCAGAGCCGGGAGGCCCGGCAGCAGCGCUUUGCGCACUUCACUGAGCUGGCCAUCGUGUCUGUGCAGGAGAUCGUUGACUUUGCCAAGCAUCUGCCCGGCUUCCUGCAGCUUAGCCGGGAGGACCAGAUCGCACUGCUGAAGACCUCUGCGAUUGAGGUGAUGCUUCUGGAGACAUCUCGGAGGUAUAACCCUGGGAGUGAGAGUAUCACCUUCCUCAAGGAUUUCAGUUAUAACCGGGAAGACUUUGCCAAAGCAGGGCUACAAGUGGAGUUCAUCAACCCCAUCUUCGAGUUCUCCAGAGCCAUGAACGAGCUGCAGCUCAACGAUGCCGAGUUUGCUUUGCUCAUUGCCAUCAGCAUCUUUUCUGCAGACCGGCCCAAUGUGCAGGAUCAGCUCCAAGUAGAGAGGCUGCAACACACGUAUGUGGAGGCCCUGCAUGCCUACGUCUCCAUCCACCACCCUCAUGACCGACUGAUGUUCCCACGGAUGCUAAUGAAGCUGGUGAGCCUCCGGACACUGAGCAGCGUCCACUCAGAGCAAGUGUUUGCCUUGCGCCUGCAGGACAAAAAGCUUCCCCCGCUGCUCUCUGAGAUCUGGGAUGUGCACGAGUGACUGUCCUUCGCCCUUAUCUUCUGUUUUCGGGGAUGGCUGAGGCCCCAGGGCUGCCUCCUAGAGCAGACUGGAGCAGACUGAGAAGGGCAAAUCUUCCUGGGAGCUGGGCAAAAGAGAUGCUCAAAGUGACAUUAAAGGAGACUCAAAGGGUUGGGAGUUUGUAGCUGCUGAGCAUUGGGGAUCCUGCCAAAGCUGUGCUCCAUUUGAAUACUAUACUGACCAACCAAAUGUACGAACCUGGGGCCACUUUGCACUAGAUUCUCCAGGGCCCUGCCGAUCCUGCCUCCACUGUUUCCUGUCUUCCCCAUGGGGCCCCAAGAGAAAUUUUCCUUUGUCACUCUGCGGCUUGGCCAUAAAUGCCUCGGGUCUGCCUCCCUGAUAAGUCGGACCGGUGGUACUGUUUGUACAAGAAGACCAAAAUGAAUGCAGAAUGAGAGAAGCAAUUUCUGGACUGGGGGUGGGGGAGCGGCCACAGAGGAGGGAAGCCUGUGUCCUUUAGGUUCACCUCCAGACUCCGAGGAAGGAGACAAGCCCCAUGUGCCAGUCUCUUUUUAUUAGCCCCCCUGCACCCUGGGGGUCAAUGAAAUGCUCGUACCCCUUGGCCUUUUCAUGAUGGGAUAGGAGCGUCAAG